UCCGAGCAGAGGGCUGAGCAAACAGCGAACACCAGGGCAAUGUCCGGGCUCUGCCCCCUGCCUGACUGAGCACGGCGACCCGGGGACACCGGCACGGCCCCUCAGACGUCACCUGUCCCUCUGUGUGUGGGUGAGGACAAGCAGGGACAUCUCCCGGGACAGCAGGACAUCCCCCGCCAGGCCAUGGCAGCCCAGCCGGCCGGGGGCCAGAAGCCCCAGAAGCCCUUCCACAUCGUCACACCCGUCCUGGAGAGCCUGUCCCUCUCCAAGGCCGCGGGCACCAAGGUCUUCAUGAAGAUGGAGAACGUCCAGCCCUCGGGAUCCUUCAAGAUCCGGGGCAUCGGGCACCUGUGCCAGGCUGCUGCCAGGAAGGGCUGCCGCCACUUCGUCUGCUCCUCAGGAGGGAACGCGGGGCUGGCGGCGGCGUUGGCGGCGCGGGAGCUGGCCAUGCCCAUCACCGUGGUGGUGCCCAGCAGCAGUGGCCCCACCGCCGUGCGCAAGCUGCAGGAACUGGGCGCCACCGUCGAGGUCUACGGCAAGGUGUGGGAUGAUGCCAACAGCAGAGCCCAGGAGCUGGCUAAGACAGAGGGCUGGGUCAUCAUCCCCCCCUUCGACCACCCCUUGGUGUGGGAGGGUCACGCCAGCCUGGUCCGGGAGCUGAAGGACUCUCUGGAGGACAAGCCAGGCGCCAUCGUGGUGGCGGUGGGUGGCGGGGGGCUGCUGGCCGGGGUGGUGGCCGGCCUGCAGCAGGUGGGCUGGCAGGAUGUCCCCGUCAUCGCCGCCGAGACGCUGGGCGCUCACAGCUUCCACGAGGCGCUCAAGGCCGGCCGGCUCGUCACCCUGCCCGACAUCACCAGCGUGGCCACCUGCCUGGGAGCCAAGACGGUGGCGGCGCGAGCGCUGGAAUGUGCCCGGGAGUGCCAGGUGAUCUCGCAGGUGGUGCAGGACGAGGAGGCCGUGAGGGCUGUGCAGCAGUUCCUGGACGAGGAGCGGGCGCUGGUGGAGCCGGCGUGCGGAGCCCCCCUGGCCGUGCUGUACUCGGGGCGGCUGCAGCGGCUGCAGAGCGAGGGGCGGCUGCCGAGCCCGCUGCGCCCCGUGCUGCUCGUGGUGUGCGGCGGCAGCAACAUCCACACGGGCCGGCUGCGGGCCCUGCAGAGCCAGCUGGGGCUGCACUGACACCGGGCAGAGCCCGCCUGGAGCGCCCGGCUCGCUUUCCUUCCCAAAGAACAGAAAUAAAGCCUGGGGACGCG